AUGGAUGUGAUCAGGAAAACAGGAAGUCUCCCGGGGACGAGCGUUUCUCAGAGCGGCAGCAGGAUCGCAGCUCGACUCUCCUCGUCGCCUCAAGUCCUUCAUGGAGCUCAGAGCAGCGGCGUCCAGCUGACCCAGCUCAGCACAGGACAGACUCUCUACAGACUCGAGGUCGACUCGACAGAACCUCUGAGCUCCUUAAAGUUUGUGAGUGAGACGGCGUUCCUCGCCAGCUGCUGUGACGGCACCGUUUACCUCGCAGAUAUUCGGACAUCCGCUCCGCCUCAGGCCUCACCUUCACCGGGGGAAUGCGCCCUCUGGUGGACAGACGCCUCUGCAGCGCCGCAGUGUAGGGUCAUCAGGCUCUCCUCCUCGGGUCAGGCCGUCGUUUCAGACCUCAGGAAUAUGGGAGGAGCCGUGUAUCGGGCUCAGCUGGACGUCCAGACGUCGCCAAGGCAACCGGAGGAUGUCACAGUGGCGUGGGCUCCAGCGUUGGACGGCUGCUUCUCAGUGUCAGGACUCAGUGGACUCGUUCAGAUUUACGACACCGCCGGAUGGAGGGCGGAGCUGCAGGACGCCUCGCCGCUGUUCCAGCACGCCGGCCAUUCAGUUUCCUCGCAGCACGGCGAUGGCUCCGCCCCCAUCUUCAUCACCACCCAUGUCUGGCAUCCUGAGCGGCCGAGGACGCUGCUGUCUGCAGCUUCAGACGGGUCCGUCCACGUUUGGGACUGGGUGGAUCCACAAACAAACUGACCUUCCAGGAAGUACAGAUCCCUGAUCUGAAGGAAUGUCAUUCAGAUCUGGGAUGAGGAAUGAAUGCUGGGUUAAUGUUUGAUGCAGAACACACUGUGUGGAUUUCAGUCCAACCUAUUUCCUCUGUGUGAUGAGAUGAGUUCAUAUUAAUGGAAAAUGCGAUCAGUGCUGCUUUUGUAAAUUAAAGAUAGAUUGAAACGACA